AUGGAAACUACCAGUAACACAAUGGAACUUACGACCAACAUUUCCAAAAUAUACCUACUCCAAGAAGAUCGUGAGAAAAGCUUCAAACAUUGGCCCUUUCGUAACGACAAACAGUGUAGCGUUCAGAAGAUGGCAGAGGCCGGAUUCUAUUGGCAUGGAACAGAUACCGAGAUCGACAUUGCCGCCUGCUUCGUGUGUGGCAAAGAGCUGGACGGUUGGGAAGAAUCCGACGAUCCGUGGAGCGAGCACCGGAAACAUGCACCCCAGUGUCCGUUUGUGAAGUAUGGCCGGGCGGAAGCGAAUUUAACGUGUGAAGAGUUCGUGAAUCUCAUGAUGGCAACGCUGAAGAUGAGGUUUCAAAACAACUACACCACCCUCAAGACCAAAGGCAAGAUGCUGAUAGAGAAGAAACGGAAGGAGAUGGAGAAACUGUUACGAACGAACUAAG